CACACAUUAAGGGUCAUUGUGCUGAUGUAAGUUGUCCAUGUUAGAUGUGAAACGAAACACGGAAUUCACAUCUCUACUUGGACCACACAUAUCACACGGCUUCCACGGCCGUGUUAGAUUUACUGGAAACAUUACCGUUUUAACAGACUGGAUUUUUUUCUGAAAGCUUCCAAACAAAAAUGAGUAUUUGUAAAACAUUCGUUAUUUUAAUUGUGCACGUUGCAUUGCUGGUAGACAUAGCACGUACUGAAAACACCACUUCCGGUCCCACCAUUGGACCAGUUCCGGUGGUAAACCAUACCAACAGUGGUAGCAAUGCCCCAACAACGACAGGAAACCAACUUCCGAAAUAUUGGCAAGAUUUAAUGAACUUUGUUCAGAAUCCAAAAACUGUCAAAAUGGUUCAGGACCAAAUCGGCACUUUCAUAAAAUCUAACAAUGUGUCGCUACCCAUCUCGGUCAUGACUCCCCAAAAUCUACAAAAACUCCUCCAGUUCCUCAGACCUGGUUCCAGCAGUGGUAACCUUCAAGGUAUUUCUCAGUACGUGGGGAUGAUCGGGAACAUCUCAAACACAAUACAGAAUGUCACUGGACAAUUGGAACAACAAAUUUCACCCCAGUGUUUCAGCCACCUACAACAUCUAGUAUCGGAACUCACUCAAAGGGAACAAUGGGCGAUGAAAAUAAUUGACGCAGCCGGCAAAAUUCCAUCAGGAAUUCUAGAUGGAAACAUCUUGUGGACUGGCUCCUAUGAUGAGUGUUUAGCUGUGCAGGCCGGAACGUUUGGUGGAAAAUAUUGCAAGGCGACAAUACCACUUACACCAAUAUUGGGAGGAAUGGUUCCAAUGCCAGGAGGAUUCAAUGUACAAAUGGGGAUAUGUAUGCCUGAUAGCUGUGCUCCAUUAGACGUGCAGGUGGUAGUUAAUACACUGUUAGGAUUAGUACCACUUGGACAGACCAAACUUAAAACAACCAAGGUCGAUUGUACAGAACCCCAAGAGUACGAUGGCGUCGGAAUCGCCGGAUUUACAGUGUGUGGCGUGUUUCUUGUCCUGAUGGUGUUGUCGACCUUGUUCGAUGUUGUUUACUCUCGAAGACAGAAACAGUCUAACGAGACGGUGCCGUACGAGAAAGAUGUUUCUGUAGAGAGUAAAUACCGUGUCAACGGGGACAUAGAAAAACCUUCAAAACCCAAACAACCAGGCGUGUUAGCGAGACUUGCCAUGGCGUUUUCUGUGUUCACUAAUGGCCGGAAGUUGAUGAGCACAGGACAGCCAGGUGGCGCUCUUGGCGCCGUCAAUGGAAUUCGAUUCCUCAGUAUUUCCUGGGUUGUUCUAGGACAUUCGUUUUCUUUCGGCAUGCAAGAAAUGCAAAACCCGGUAUUCACUGCUGACUUCUUAGGCAACUGGUCUUCGAUGGUUUUAGCCAAUGGUCUCCUCUCUGUCGAUUCAUUCUUCACUCUCAGCGGACUAUUGGUAUCCUACCUGUUCAUGAAGGAGAUGAAGAGAGAGAAGGGGCGUAUCAACUGGUUCAUGUUCUAUUUCCACCGCUUCUGGAGACUCACGCCUCCGUACAUGUUGAUGCUGUUCAUCGACAUGUCCCUGUUUCGCUACGUCGGAGAUGGACCAUUUUGGUCCAAAGAGGGUACUGAUGGAAAAUUUUGCCGAAGUUCAUGGUGGACCAAUCUUCUGUACAUCAACAAUGUCGUCAAAACAGACGAGAUGUGCUUUGGUUGGUCGUGGUACCUAGCCAAUGAUAUGCAGUUUUAUGUGGUGAGCCCUCUCCUUCUGGUGCCCCUUUACUUCUCUAAGAAGAUUGGUUUUGUUGUCAACAUUCUUGCCCUUUUGGGGAUCACCAUAGCGACAGGAGUGAUUUCCGGUCAUUAUGGCCUUUUACCUACGAUGAUGUCAACGGAUGCUGCGGCAAUGAUGGCAAAAUUCAAUCAUUACUUCAUGGACUACUACAUAGUUCCCUGGUGCCGCAUGGGGCCCUAUAUUGUCGGCAUCGUAACCGGGUAUAUCCUGUACCGAACCAACGGCAAGUUCAAAAUACCAAAGAUGAUCAACCUAAUGAUCUGGCUGGGUAUGGCAGUGGCUGCCUGCAUGGUGGUGUACGGGAUAAACGGUCCAGUGACCGGUCACCAGUGGGACAACGGUCUAGCCGCGCUUUAUAACGCCGUCCAUCGCUCGGUGUGGGGUAUGUGUGUCUGCUGGGUAAUCUUCGCCUGUGUCACCGGCAAUGGAGGUUUCAUAAAUGACUUCCUCUCGUGGAAGCUGUUCGUCCCGCUCGGAAGACUGAGCUAUUGUAUCUACCUGACGCACCCCCUUGUGAUUUAUUACUACCUGAACACAUUACGACAACCAUUUUAUGGCACAACUCUUGGUUUG